AUGAGGACAUAUCUGGGGGCCACGUCUCGCACCAGCUCCGGUGCGAGCUCCGGCUUAGAGCACUGCGACUCCUGCCGGUGGGGCCAGUAUCCGGUUAAGCGCGUUUGGUGCGGUGUUUCCUGUUCUCUCCCCUGCGUGUCUGCAGCUUGGGCCUUGCCUGAUCAGCCUGACCAUGGCUUUAGCAUUGAAGAGCUACAGAAAGAUCUAGAAGAGGUGAAGGUGCUGCUGGAAAAGGCCUCUAGAAAAAGAGUACGUGAUACCCUUACAGCUGAAAAAUCCAAGACUAAGACAGAAAUCAAGAACAAGAGGCAGCAGAAAUCACAGAGAAAAGCAAAACUUCUUGACAAUGAAAAGCCAACUGCUGUGGUCACUCCCAUUGCAACAGGAUAUACAGUGAAAAUCAGUAAUUACAGAUGGGAUCAGUCAGAUAAGUUUGUGCAAAUCUACAUUACCUUAACUGGGAUUCAUCAAGUCCCCACUGAGAAUGUGCAGGUACAUUUCACAGAGAAGUUAUUUGAUCUUUUGGUAAAGAAUCUAAAUGGGAAGAGUUACUCCAUGAUGGUGAACAAUCACUUAAAACCCAUCUCUGUGGAAGGCAGUUCAAAAAAAGUCAAGACAGAUACUGUCUUAUGUAGAAAGAAAGCAGAAAACUCAUGGUGGGACUACCUUAUUCAGGUUGAAAAAGAAUGCAAAGAGAAAGAAAAGCCCUCCUAUGACACUGAAACAGAUCCUAGUGAGGGAUUGAUGAAUGUUCUAAAGAAAAUUUAUGAAGCUAGAGAUGAUGAUAUGAAGCAAACCAUUAAUAAAGCCUGGGCAGAAUCAAGAGAGAAGCAAGCCAAAGGAGACACAGAAUUCUUUCAGUCUCUGAAGCUCCGGUCCCACAACUCCUCCGCGCUGAGAAACCGCAAGCCGAACUCACGCCCCAACAAAGGCCAAAAAGGCGACCCAGGCCGCCUGCGCACUCUUUGGACGCAGAGACACUCCCAGGAGUCUCUUGGGGGUGCAGCCAGACACAAGCUGUGA